AUGGCCUACCAGUCAAACAUGCAGGCUCAGGAUGAGCUUGCAGCUCUCCUCUCCCGUACCAUCUUCUUCAACCCGGAGAUUCAAGCACAAGUACCAGCACCAGAACCGGAACAGGCUGUUGUCUAUUCUGCCUCGCAGCACUACAACCACUCCAGUCACAUCACAAGGCCCGCAGAGUCUUCAAACCGAGAGGACAUCCCGAGGUCGGCAUCUGUACCACCCCACGGCGACAAUGCAGCCGCCGAGCACAUUCUCCGCAUCCACGGCAUCGACCCUCAGACCCUGACACCCUCUCAACUUCAGCUCUUCAAGGUGGCCGAUGCCCCCCAGCAGAGGAGGUUGCUCGAGCUCUGGAGUAUCUGCCCACCAAAGAACGGCGGGGACAUCCCAUCUUUGGCCUGGAGCAGUACGACUCUGGAGCACGAGGAGCAGCUUGCCCGAGUCCGUUACGAGUCUCAGCAGCAAGAGGAGGCCGCCCGGAAUGCACCCGUCCAGGCCCAGAACGGGCAGUGGCACCAGCAGGAGAGCGCUGACUCGGAGCCAUACAUGCUCUCUGGCUACGAGGAACUCAUGCGGCGCGAGAGGGAGCGAGAGCAGGAGCGACAGUCCUCACGAAAUGCCUACGGCUGCUUUGCCACGGCCCAGGCUAUGAGUGGGCCGACUUACUCCCAGGCAAUGGACCCUGUUUACCAAGGCCCCGACUACAUCCGAGAGCAGCAGCAAAUGGAAAUGGCCACGCAAUAUGGGGCGUUUCAGCAGUUUGGUGUCGUUGGCCAGGGUGAUGGUAUGGAUUUCUAA